UAUAAUAUAAUUCCGUAACAACGUCCUUCGAAACGUGAAGUUACUGUUCCAACAGUAAUGCUUAAACAAUGGAGAAAAGUGGGGAAGCCGAUGAAAAUAAGUAUACUGACCUGACAGAAAAGUGGAACGUAAAAAUAACUAAAGCACCUACAAGUGAAAUUUCUAAAUUAUUGCCUUUGUUUUAUCCGGCAAAUCAAAAGAGAGAACGGUAUAUUAUAGAAGCGUUCGAUUCGGUAGAAUUUGACGUGGCUGAUGUUGAAACACUUUCUAAUAGCAAAGAACAAUUAUGGAACGCUAUUUCUUGUCUACGUGGAUCUACUGCAAAAGUGAAGUCUACGAAACUGAAACGUGAUGCGUCCGAAACCAGGAAAGAAGUUGUUUUAACUGUUGAAAAAUUUAUGAGCAAAAUAAAUAUACUACUUUUAUCUUUAAUAAGGACAAAACAGAUUCCUGAUAGUCUCUAUGUGGAUGUUUUUAUGUCGUUUUUAGAUAUAUUUGGAAUUCUAGGGAUACCAGGUGAAGUUUUCAACCGAAAGACUCUUUUGGAUGGAGAAGUUUAUAGCCAACAUCCUGGUUAUUACCUUUUACCUCAAAAUACUGCAGACUUAUGUUUGAACACAAUCGGUAUAUUAUCUUACUCUCCUGAGAACUUACAGAAUAGUUCAUCAAACGAAAAAAUCUGUAAAGUAUCGACUAAAGCGUCUUCACCUAAUUCUACCUUAAAAGAAUCAUCAAAUGGUAAAAUGGUUGACUCUUUUGCACAAACACCUUCUACAUCAUCGUCAUUUCCCAAGAAGGUACAGCUCGAGUCUUGUAACGCUUCAAAUCCUGUACGAAAAUCUGAUUGUAUGAUGCGUGAAAGUGGUCCACCACUGGACCAAAGUGUCAAUGCUGGAAGUACCUCGGACACAUAUGGUAUGUAUUGUCAUAUACGAAAAAGAACUGUAGAAGGCCGAAUAAAAAUACCAGCUGUAAAAUUAUCACCUAAUGGAGUUAUUAAUAAAAUUCCAAUCAUUAUAACACUUGCUCCAGACGAAACUGUAACUGAAGAUAGUAGUGAAGCAACCCAGAAACAACAAGAAUAUGUCGGUCGUUCAAUAGAUCCUUCAUUUAAAGCACCAGGUAGAAAGCUGAACAUACCUAAACGAUUGUUUUCAGGUGUCAGAUCAGCGAUCGAGCAGGAAUUUCCAAGCUUUCUGCAGGGAAAUCCCAAACCUGGAUGUUCAAAAGGCCCAUUACCAAUAAUAGUCUCUACACCAGAGGCCACGGAAGCAGAUAUAAAGCGAAAGAAAAUGAUCUCGGAAUCCUUAGAAAAUAACCAAAAAGAAAAUAAUCAUGAUUCUAGCGCUCAAAAUGUGAUCGUCUGCAAGUAUGCAGAACCAAUAGACAGUUUUGAACGUUCAAAGUUAAUAACUUCUGCACAUAAAAGUCAGACAGAAGAUACCAAAAAUGCAUAUGAAAAUAUGGAUGUUACACCAGGUAUCUCCGUAUCUUUACCAGAGGAUAACAGAUCACAAAAUGGUACUGUCAUAAAAGAAAGCAAUUUUCCAAUCAUGUCGGAUAACAAACAAAAUGAUAACACCGCUUUAAAUGCUGUCCCUGAUUCUGAACACAUACAAAACAGUGCAGGUAAUAAUAAAAACACGUCAUCUAAAGUAACUGAUCACGUGAUUAAUAAUGUAAAUGUCUCUCAAACAAAUGCAUGUCUAUACAAUAAGACGAAUAGCAAAAUCCUAUCGGAAACACAAAGGGAAUGUCAAAUUUCAUCAAGUAGCUCAGACAUGGGCAUUCAAGACUUUAUUAUGAGAAAUGAAGAUAGUGAGAAUGUCUCUACUCAAAAUCAAAGCAACGAAAUGUGUGUUUUGGAAAAAACAAAAAAGGAAAGGACCAGAAAGAAAAGAAAACGAUACAGAAAAAGAUCAAAUCAAUUAGAUAUUUCUUGUGUUCAACAGGCUCAGCCCAUACAACACAAUAACAACUUUUCACAAAAGCAUAAAAAUGAGAAAAGAAGAAAAAAGGUGAAUAAAAUAAAAACAGACGAAAAUAAAGGAAAAGAGCGUAUGAGCAGUGAUUCAGGCAUGGCUGAUUUGAAUUUCUGUGGAAAGUUUGAUGGUGCACAUGUAUGUGUUUCCUCAAGUAGUUUUCCUCAAAACUACUUAGAGGAGACAAAUACUGUCUUUUCCAGUUCAGGUGGACAUAAUAAACCAGACAUUUUCACAGCUACACCACAAAACAGUGUUUACUCUGUCAAAUUGAAUUCAGAAUUUAUAUCAUCAAACGAUGAAUGGAAAUGUAAUCAAUUUAAAAUAGUUAAUAAUGAUGCCGAAGAUUGUGUGCAGACACAUAAAAGUAAACAAAAGACGUUUGCCCGAAUGAAAACUGUCGAGUGGUUAUUACAACAGCCGCUAUGUAUUCCCGAUACUUCGGAAGCUUUCACGUUGUUGAAUACUCCCCAAAAAGAUGUGAAUGUCAGUGAAUACCCUGAUAACAUUUUCGCAAAUGAUUACACUAAAGAUUUUGUAAAUAAUAUAGAUGAUACAAAUUACAAUGCUACCAAACCAUUAUUUGCACACAUUCCAGAUGAAUUCAUUCGAAGUUUGCUCCUUGAAUGGACACACACGAAGACAAAACCUGUAUCAGUUGGCUUUAUAUUACACAAAACUAGAGUGGUGGUUGUCUCCCUUGAUAUGUGUCAUGAUCAUUUCGAACAUCUAACCAUAGACGGUGUUGUGAAAACAGAUGACGAAGCUGUAGUCCGAUAUUCUCUGCCAUUUGAUCUUUUAAACACAAAGGACAGAACAAGUCUGUGUAAGGUUUUAUCUCGAAUUGGAGUUGACUGAAAUACUGGUAUAGUCUGAAUGUGGAGCAGAGUUAAAUAUAUUCAAUUUCUAGGAUAAAUAAUGUUUUGAAUAUUCAACUUUCACAGUCGCCGCUGAACUUCCUUAAACAAAUAAAGGUUGGCUAAAGACCUUUCCCCUUCACAAUAAACUGGCAACUAUACGACA